UCAGGUCCCUGAAUCUUGCUUGGUGUCACUCCUCUUGUGACAACGCUGGGCCUAAGCAGUGUCUGCCAGCACCGUGCUCACACUACCCAAAGCAAGCCGUGGGAGCUCUUGUUGCUGCGGAAGCAAUGGCCGUCUCUCGUCGUGCUGCUCAGAAAUUCUUCCUCAAUGGCGCCUUCCGCCCAUUUGCAUCCCUCUCAAGCGCGUCGCCCGUCAAUCCUCUCGACAUGCCGACUGCGCCCAAACAAUCGCCCUCCAUACCGCACUAUAUGACGUACUCGACAAGCUCGAGUUUUGGAACGCGAGGAAGCGUCAAGGCCAGCAAUGUCACUCCCGGAGUUGUCAGCAAUCUUUGUAGCGUCAAGCUGCCAGUUUCAGCGGCAGCAGCUGUUCAUACUGCGACAGAACCCAAGCACGACAUGUUCUGUUUCCAAUGCGAACAGACACGGGACGGUAAGGGAUGCAUGACUGUGGGCGUGUGCGGCAAGGAUCCUGAGGCCGCUGCGCUUCAAGACCUUCUUGUCCACUCUCUGAAGGGAUUGGCCCAGUAUGCCACUCGUGCGCGUGAUUUAGGGCUCGAGAUUGGUGCCGAGGUGGAUUUUUUUGUGCAAGAAGCGGUUUUUUCAACCCUCACAAAUGUGAACUUCGAUUCUGCUGCUCUUCAGCAGUACGUCAAGGAGGCCAUUCACCAUCGCGAUGCUCUCAGGGCGAGGUAUCUGGCCGCAGGGGGCAAAGAAGAAGCUGCCUUGAAAACCCAUCAAGCAACGUUCGAGCUUGGUGCAUCACUCAGUGACAUCGUGGAACAAGGACGCGGAGUAGGCGUUGAGACCCGUCGUGUCGGAUGGGAUGAAGAUAUUUUCAGCCUACAGGAGCUUUUGGUGUAUGGCCUUAAGGGAACUGCUGCAUACUCGGCUCACGCAUAUGCUGUUGGAAAGCGAGAUACGAAGAUUUCGGACUUCAUAUAUGAGGCUUUCGACUACCUCUCACGACCAGCUGAUCAGCAGACGGCUGAAGGCCUUCUUGGCCUUGCCCUCAAGUGUGGCGAGACCAACCUUCGUGCAAUGGAGAUCCUCAACGAGGGCCACUGCGAGAGCUUCGGCACCCCAGAGCCUACUGUCGUUCGGACAUCCCCUGUCAAAGGGAAGUGUAUCUUAGUAUCAGGUCAUGAUAUCAAGGACCUCUACGAGCUGCUUAAGGCGACGGAAGGAACGGGCAUAAACGUGUACACACACGGAGAGCUGCUUCCUGCUCAUGGCUAUCCCGAGCUGAGGAAGUUUAAGCACCUUAUUGGCAACUAUGGUGGCGCCUGGCAGCUACAGAAGAUUGAGUUCGCCGCUUUCCCUGGCCCAAUCAUCGUCACCACGAACUGUCUCUUGGAGCCCAAGCCCAGCUAUGCAAACCGAAUCUACUCAGCAAAUGCUGCUGGGCACAAAAAGGUCCAGCACAUUGAUGGACGCCGGUUUGACCCUGUUAUCAAGCAAGCAUUGGAGAUGGAAGGAUUUGUCGUAGACGCACCUGAACGCACAGUUAUGACAGGGUUUGGCCAUGCUGCUGUCUUGAAGGCGGCUGAUGUCGUCAUCAAUGGAAUUAAGGAUGGACGCAUCAGCCACCUUUUCCUGAUUGGUGGUUGUGAUGGAUGGGAAGGCGAGCGCUCUUACUUCCGUGAUCUUGCCCUCUCUUUGCCACAGGAUGCUGUGGUUCUGACCCUGGCCUGUGGAAAGUACCGCUUCAACCAUCAGCAGCAGCAGUUUGGCAACAUCACUGGUACCCAGAUUCCUAGGCUGAUGGAUGUGGGCCAGUGUAACGAUGCCUACUCCGCCAUCCGAAUUGCUUCCGCAUUGGCCCAGGCGUUCAACACUGACGUUAACAGUCUGCCCCUCUCGUUGGUCAUCUCCUGGUUCGAGCAGAAGGCUGUUGCUGUGCUUCUUACCUUACUUCAUCUUAACAUCCAAAACAUCCGCAUUGGGCCCAAGCUUCCAGCAUUCGUAACGCCUAAUGUGCUUCAGAUCCUUGUUGACAAGUACAAGCUCACGCCUAUCGGGGGGCCGGAGAGCGUCCAGCAGGAGAUGAAGGAGAUGCUGUCAUGAACCCAUGGUGACUGUUUUGUCAGAGGUCCUUCUUACAUCAUGCUGUCUUGAGGUCCGAUCUUUAUGACCCAUGGUAGUCUAAGCUGAAUUUUGCUGACCAACAUCUCACUGUAAAGUAGCGAUGACUUAAGAAAG